GAUGCUCUAAAUUAAUGUAUGGCUUCAUUCUCCGAUUGUUCGAACAAACAAUUUUGGUUCUGCGACAUUGAUCCUUUUCUUCAAUCUACAACAACAGUCCGAACGACAAAAUUUAUUCUCGCAGUUGCUGCGGUUCUGAUUCUGGGAUAUAUCGUCGAAUAUGACUUCCUCAAUCGAUGAGGAAAUCUUGGGUGAAGAUGUUGAAGAGCAGGAGGGUGUUCAAAGCAGCCCUCCAGUGGCUUCCAAACCACCGCCAUACAAAUCUUUCCGGUACGUCAUUCCUCAAUUAAUAUUCAUUCUCCGAAAGAUUCACCUCAGGUCUACUUGAACCCAUUACGGCCGUAUAUACUUCCUCAAAACCUUACCUCGUCUUUUGAAUUCCACAUUCCGAAGCCACCCACAAUACUUCAAUAGUUAGCACGUCAAUCAGCUAAUAUGGGCGCAAAUAGUAAGAAGUAUCGUAAAAUGCGAAUAAAGUUCGAUGAAGCUAUGCGCCAAAGUAAUUCAUUAUUUAUGGAGGAGCAGUUGGCAGAUGAAACUGCUAAGAGGUUGGCUCGAGAAAAUGAGUAAGUGAAACCUUGGACCUGUUCUUUGGAAACAUAGCUAAUAUUAUGGUCUACAGUCGACUUAUGGAUUUACUACUUGAUAUCAACAACUCUGAACAAAUACCUGCCAACAAGCGUAUCGAUUUGAGUGUCCCUGGACCUGCUCUUGCAAGCGUCCCUGCUCUUGCCACAAAAGAAGAGCUUGCGAAAGCUGCGGAACAUACAUCACCUGAAGGCCAAGCUAUCUUUAAAGAAAUUCAGGAUUUAUUGAAGGACCGAGAUGGUACAAAUACGACCGUUAAACCAUCAAAAUCUCUCGCGAAACUCAUGGCGACUGUCCCGCAUAUUUCCUUGAUGAACCAUCACGUCUCUCCACAAUCCUUGGCUGAUUUCGAACCUCAGCCUGGGAGGAAGCAUCCUAUUGGCUAUUUAUCUGUCGAAGAAAUUGAUAAUUACCUUCACGCAGUAGACGCAACAAUUGGCCUUGCCCCCUCCCUCGCAACUGUCGUCUACCCUCCUACAACGCAAGAUGUCACCCUCAAGAACCCCUAUAGCGUUCUUAAUUGGCUUCGUCGUCAUGAGCCCAAAAUCUUCCUUCAAGAUGGUGAAGGCCCUAUUGAAAAGAUCAACAACAAGCCUGGUGCCUUACGUGGAGCAGGAAAACGUGCGAAUAUCCCCGCACCAACUCGUCUUGAUUCUUUAGAAAUUGUCGAAGAAGAUGGCAUUGGCUACGAUACUACUUUAAGCGGACCAUCUAGCUCUAAAUUCAAACGCAAGCGAGACCCAGAGGAUGAUGGUGGAUAUACACCCAAAUCUGGCAAUCCAGUCAAUAAGACCAAAAGGCAAAGACCAUCAAAGAAAAAGUCUGAUCCACCUGGCGAGCCAAGUACUUCCUCGAGUUCGAGAAAAAGUAAAUCGAGAGCGAAACAUUCGUCUCCUAUCGACACAGGUCCAGCUCCUCAUCCUUUUGGUCCAAUCGACUGAUUGAGGUAGAAGGUCGUUGAGCGUAGGUCUUUCAUUCAUAGGUUAGGGCUACUGCGACUUGCUGUGGUUUCUUCUGGGUCUUACCUUCAGAGGCAAUCAUACCACUUUGAAGGACUCUAUUCUAAUUUGGUUUGAUUCGAUAUAAUUAGAUUGUAUUUUUGAGGGAAGGGAAGGGUUCUUGAUGAUGGAUAUUGGUUUACGGAGUAUUGAGCGGGGCGAAUGGUAUCUGGUUACUUCUAAUGCAAAGGGUUAAGGGAGGAUGCAUGAUUUGUACAAUACUAGGAGAAGGGGAAUAUUGAAGAAAUGCAGAGGCUUAUAAUUUUUUUUUGGAAGUCAUAGAGGAUAGUCAAGGAGUGAGCAGGGAGGAAUGAAAUGGAUCAAAAUGUUAUGACAAUUCGUCUUGUGAAGCUUGUGAUUGAUCAGGAUACUCGAGAGAAGAUGGUCAAAUUGUCUUGCGGACGGAGAAAAGCAUGUAAUUAAAGUUCCUAAGAUAGCAUCUUAUAACCAAGUCUCUCAUUAAGAUUAUUACUCCUAAUACACGAAGCAAAGAUUACGCGGCGAACCAUCCAGGAGGUCAGUCUCUUAGCUGCUCAAUGCUAUACCCA